UUCCACUUCAUUCAUGACAAGACAUAUCUCUCACAAUUUGGGCUUUCCAUAGUGUCUCCCUCUAACGCAGUGGAUUUUGGCAAGAAUUCUUGAAUCUGCGCUUCCAAUUUUCAAACCACAAUCAUUUCUUUAGCAAAUAAUGAAGAGGGCUUCCCUUUAAUCUGGAUGCAUUCACCGUUUCACAACCAUGGACUUCAAGAAACAGAAGCAAGUCAGAAUGAGGAAAAAAGGAAUCUUGAUGAGAAAAAUGGGGUUCACAGCCUUGAAAAGCAACUACCUGUGUACAAAAACUCAAAAACCCCAUGGAAAUCUGAAGGUGGAUAUGGGGAAAAGGGUCCCAAAUUUGGUAGGUCUAAGGUUUUUCCAGAAUGUCAAGAGCCAGAGAAAAUAAGAAUCUUGGAUCCUGGAAGUGAUGUUGUGUUGAAAUGGAAUAGGAUUUUCUUGUGUUCUUGUUUGGUGGCACUCUUUGUGGAUCCCUUGUUUUUCUAUCUUCCUUCUGUGCUGAAUCAGGGCUCUGGCACUUCUUCAUGUAUGCAUAUAGACCUGAAUUUGGGGAUAAUUGUGACCUGUUUUAGGACAUUGGCUGAUGUGCUGUAUCUGCUGCAUGUGCUUAUCAAGUUUAGGACAGCUUAUGUUUCUCCUAGAUCAAGGGUUUUUGGCAAGGGUGAACUUGUCAUGGAUCUUGAUCAGAUUGCAAAGAGGUAUUUGAGGUCCGAGUUCUUCAUCGAUGCGAUUGCAGCAUUGCCUCUUCCUCAGAUUGUGAUAUGGACGAUAUUACCAGCAAUCAGAAGCUCCCAUGCUGAUCAUACGAACAAUGCGUUGAUACUGAUUGUCCUGCUGCAGUACGUCCCGAGACUGUAUCUGAUCUUCCCCUUGAGUUCUCAAAUCAUCAAAGCUACUGGAGUAGUCACAAAGACAGCCUGGGCCGGUGCUGCAUACAAUUUGCUACUCUACAUGCUUGCAAGUCAUGUGCUGGGAGCUUCCUGGUACGUGCUGUCUAUUCAACGACAUGCUACAUGUUGGAAGUCAGCUUGCACAGUCGAAAUGAAUACCACCAGUUGUUCUCUUGGCUUUCUGGAUUGUAGUGCUUUGUACCACAGUGACAGAGUGAAAUGGGUGAAUAGCACGCACGUCUUCAGAAGAUGCAAUCCCGGUGAUACUACCUACUUUAACUAUGGCAUUUUUGGAAAUGCUGUUGCGAACAACGUUGUCUCAUCUGAUUUUGUGGAGAAAUACUUCUACUGCUUAUGGUGGGGCUUACAGAACUUGAGUUCGUAUGGCCAGACAUUGGCAACGAGCACGUUUAUUGGUGAAACUCUGUUUGCUAUACUCAUUGCUAUCUUUGGGCUUGUUCUGUUCGCUCAUUUGAUUGGAAAUAUGCAGACCUAUCUGCAAUCGAUCACUGUGAGGCUCGAGGAGUGGAGGCUUAAGCGAAGAGACACUGAGGAAUGGAUGAGGCAUCGUCAACUACCACAAGAUCUGCAGCAACGCAUCAGGCGUUUUACACAGUACAAAUGGCUAGCCACAAGGGGAGUUAACGAGGAAUCCAUCCUGCGUGGCUUGCCCACUGAUCUCUGUCGUGACAUCCAACGCCACCUCUGUUUAGACCUUGUUCGACGUGUACCAUUUUUCUCACAGAUGGACAGUCAACUUCUAGACGCCAUAUGUGAGCGCCUAGUGUCGUCUUUAAGCACCCAGGGGACCUACAUUGUUCGUGAAGGCGAUCCUGUGACGGAGAUGCUCUUCAUUAUCAGAGGGACGUUGGAGAGCUCAACCACCAACGGAGGGCGGACAGGAUUCUUCAACUCGACCAUAUUGAGGCCGGGUGAUUUCUGUGGGGAGGAGCUGCUUUCAUGGGCUUUGCUGCCAAGGUCUACCCUAAACUUGCCCUCUUCGACUAGAACGGUUAGAUCCUUUACCGAAGUGGAGGCGUUCGUGCUGAGAGCAGAGGACCUCAAGUUUGUUGCGAAUCAGUUCAGACGUCUUCACAGCAAGAAACUGCAGCACACGUUCCGUUACUACUCCCACCACUGGAGGACGUGGGCAGCCUGCUUCAUUCAGGUGGCCUGGCGACGACACAAGAAGAGAACCACCGCGAAGAGCCUAAGCAUGAAAGAGUCCUUCUGUGUAUCCGAUGAGGGACAUUAUUCACAUGAUGAAAACGACAAAGAGGAGGAUGAAUCCGCUGCCUGCAUCCUGUCUCAGCCAGCAAUGCAGAGCCUUGGAGUAACGAUACUGGCUUCUAGAUUUGCUGCCAACACGAGGAGAGGAGCGCUCAAGGCGAAGAACGUGCAAUUGCCCAAGCUUCAGAAGCCCGAAGAGCCAGACUUCUCAGCCGAUCCUGAUGACGACUAGCACCAAUUCUCCUAACUCAGGAGAGUGCGUUUCGGGAAACUCGAUCAAACUCAGCAUUCGUCAGAUGGAACGCGUAUCGUAAGCUAGAGUAUUAUCCAGAAAGAAAGCACUAGUAUACAAGUUUUUGUACAGGAAAAGAUAAAUAUUUUGAUACAAAGUUCUUGAAAUGCCUGUACUACUUUCUGAAUUUUGUAUCAGAAUAUUAUUGCCUUUGUUACAACUGUUUGAUUUUAUCACAGUUUUCUA